CAGCCUUUUUGGGAGGAUGUCCUCGCAGGCCAUUUCAGGACAAAUCCUCAAACUCUACAAAAAUGGAAGGUUCUGCCUAUAAACAUCGCACCGAUCGACCGGCGACCACAACCUGUCCGGUCACAGAAUUACAUCGGAGCUGCUAUCACAAAAUGAAGCUUUCCGUGGCAACCGUCGCUUCCCUAGUCUUAGCCUUCGUCGCUGGCACGGCCGGCGCCGUCACGUUCGAGGUGACGAACAACGCGUCGACGACCCCCGGCGGCCAGCGCUUCGACGUGGAGUACGGCGCGGACUACGCGAGGCAGGUCCUUUCGGAAGCUGCCUCCUUCAUCUGGAACGUCUUCAACCAGACGGGCGCCCGCGAGGCCGACCGCAGGCCAGUCGACGGCGGCGGCGCCGUCACCCUCGUCGUCGUGGACGACACGGACGGCGGCAUCGCCUCCACCAGCGGCAGCGCCAUCGAGCUAAGCGAGGGCUACGUCGCCCGCUUCACCGGCGACCUGAAGGCCGAGCUGACGGGGGUGCUGUACCACGAGGCGACCCACGUCUGGCAGUGGGGUCUCCAGGACUACGCGGCGCACUGGUGGGUCUUCGAGGGGGUCGCCGACUUUGUCAGGCUCAAGGCCGGGUACGCGCCGGCGCACUGGGUGGCGCCGGGGCAGGGGCGCAGCUGGGACGGAGGUUACGACGUGACGGCAAGGUUCCUGGACUACUGCGACUCGGUGAUCAAGCCCGGGUUCGUCGGGGAGCUCAACGGCAAGAUGAAGGACAGCGGGUACAGCGACGGCUACUUCGUGGAGAUCCUGGGUAAGAGCGUGCAGGACCUGUGGAACGACUACAAAGCCAAGUACGGGGGCUGA